AUGAGUGGGAUCCUGAAGAGGAAGCUUGAGGAGGGCCCGCCCCCUUACCUGUCACUGCAGAGCUCUGAUGAGGACGUGUCCUGCAGUGACAGCGGCAACAGCAGUGAUAGUCUCAACCAUCCUGUCCCCUCUGGGCUGCUGGACUCCACUCUCCAGCAGCAAUCGAAACGACUGCGGGGCCGCAAUGUUCACUUUGAGAGCGUGACCGUCUACUACUUCAACCGUCGGCAGGGCUUCACCAGUGUACCUACACAGGGUGGCAGCACCUUGGGGAUGUCACCACGUCACAGCGGGGUGAAGCGCUUCAGCCUCAGGGAGUUUGCCAUGGAGCAGAAACGGAGCCACCGGAACAUUCUGAGGGAUCACCUCAAAGAGGAGAAACUCAAUGCCAUCAAACACAAACUGACUAAGAAUGGCACCGUGUCAUCCGUGGAGGCGGAUACCCUGACGCUGGAUGACAUCUCCGAAGACGACCUGGAUGUGGACAACACAGAGGUGGACGAUUACUUCUUCCUCCAGCCUCUGACUACCAGGAGGCGCCGCGCCCUUCUCCGUACCUCGGGGGUCCGACGCAUUGAUGUAGAGGAGAAGCACGAGCUGCGUACUCUCCGCGUGUCCCGAGAGGAAUGUGGGUGCCGCUGCCGGGGGAUAUGCGACCCGGAGACCUGUGCUUGCAGCCUGGCCGGCAUUAAGUGCCAGGUGGACCGCAUGUCCUUCCCUUGUGGCUGCACCAAAGACGGCUGCAGCAACAACACGGGACGCCUGGAAUUCAACCCGGUCCGGGUCCGCACUCACUUUCUGCACACCAUCAUGAAGCUGGAGCUGGAGAAGAGCCGCGCAGCAGCAGCAGCAGCAGCAGCAGCAGCAGCAGCAGCAGCCGGAGCCGCAGCUUGUAACCAAUGGCAACGGUUACCAUGGCGACUCCUCCUUGGUCCAGCAGCAGCAGCAGCCACCGAACCUGCAGUUCCCAUUGAUAAGUGGCACGUCACACAUUCCCAUCCUGCACCUCCAGAACACAGGCGACACCGAUUCACAUCUACAUGA